GCGCAUACUUGGUCCAUCGGAUUUACUUUCUCAAUUUCCGCCCUACGAAAAUCAGCUCUCUCCGAAAUCAGUUUGCUCUCAAUUGCCCGAGUCUGCUCAAUCUCUCAGGUGCUCAAUUUCUCGGUGAAUCUCUCGACUCUCUCUCAAUCUCAAUCUCUCAGGUGCUCAUUCCCAAUCUCUGGGUCUGCUGCAAAGCUAGGGUUUUCAUCAAAUUCACUGGGUCUGUUCAAUCUCUCCCCGAAUCUCUCGGCUCUCUCUCUCUCUCAAUCUCUGGGUCUGCUGCAAAACUAAGGUUCUUCAUCGAAUUCACCGGGUCUGGUUCUUUGGUCGAUUGGGAAAUAUCUCGGAGAUUAUUCAGUGGCUGGGUUGUAUUUCUUUGCAGGGUUCUUUGGUCUGCUGCAAAACAAGGGUUCCUGUGAAUAAGUAGUUAAAUGAUAAAGAACGAGUAGCAGCAGCUAGCAUUGGAAUCCUAACCUUGUUUGCGCAGAUCACCACUGAUUCGAAGACCUCAUCAGGCCAAGUUAGCCAGAGUAUCACUUAUUCUAAAACAGAUUAUCAAGAUCUUCCGUAGAAUAAACAGUGACCUACUUCUGGACAGGCUUCAUUUUAUAUUUUUUUGAGUAAAUUUCGUGAUUAUUUACUAGUUCAAGAGAAGCAUUACUACCUAUUAUUUUUAAAUCGAAGAUAGAAGCUGAGUGUUUCCAAUGGCCAAGCGAAAGAAAAAUGCUAAAAAACCAGCUGCAUCUCCUGCGACUAACAGUUGUGAAAAUGACCCCAAGGAGCACGAGAUACAGGAUAGAGAAGAUGCUUUCAAUGACCAGGAAGUUCAACGUCAAAGUGCUGCAAUCAGGACUAUUCGUGAUGCUGAGACUGAACGUGUACUGACUGGAUUGCGUUUGCUGCGCUUAUAUUUCAACAAAGACCAGAUGCGAACUCCUGUGCUGCAAUACUUCAAGGAACACCUUCCAAAUCUGGAACACAUAGGGCAGGUGAAAAAUGGAAAUUAUGAAGUGCAAUGGAAGGCAAUGGAUGAAAACUUAUACACGGGUCAUGCUGAUGGAGGAAACAUGCAUGCUUACCUUUUAAAUCAGAUGUCCAUGGCUUACCCUGACUGCAAUGCUACAAUGCCAUCUUUAGGUGGUUGUGGUGUUUCCACUGAAACAGUAAAAACAAGAAUUCUUGGUGCUGACGCUCUGAAUAUCAGAAAAUUUAAUUUGGAGGAACCAUCAGAUACUCGGAUGCCUGGGUUUCAAGAAUCUGUCCAGACUCCUGGGGCUUACAGCCAGCGAUUGUCGUUUGGGAUGACACCGAAAUCUCGAAGAGUUCCAAAGCAUGGCGAGAUGCUUCUAUCUGUACAUGGAUCACCUCUUGGUGUCUAUAAAGAGGAUAGCAUGGAGGCAAUAAAUGAGUCGGGUGAAGAUUGAACGACGACAGGUCUAAUCAAAUUGGUCCAUUGGUCUUAAAGAUUACUGUAUUGGCCCGGGCUUGAGGCAGCUGAUAUGUGGCUUCUUUAUUGUAACAGCAUUUCCGUUGUACUUACUAGGAAGUUUAAUUUUUUGAAUGGUGGUAAAUUGUUGUCUGCUAAAUAUAGUCUCUGAAAACUCCUUGGGCA